AUGCUGGGAAGAACCAAUGAUUGCCAAACACAAAGUGCCAAGGAAGUUGAUGGACAAUCUCUCUCUGUUGAACACUUGCAGUUAAUGGUGAUGUCUCAAUGCCAUGAUGGCAUCAUGGCCAGACAUGUGGGCUGGGACACCACCAUCAGAGCAGCACAAAGACACUAUUGGUGGCCCAACAUGGCAGCUUGGAUUGCCAACUAUGUGGCUAGCUGCCCUGUGUGUGCCAGAUACAAGGCUCCUCACCAUUGCCUGUAUGGUCUGCUUCAGCUGCUAGCCACACUGGACAGGCCAUGGGGCUCCAUAUUGCUGGACUUCAUUGAAGGAUUGCCACUAUUGAAAGGGUAUGAUUCCAUCCUGGUCAUUGUCAACAGACUGACCAAGUAUGCUAUCCUAGCCCCAACACACAAAACUGUCAUGGUGGAACAGACUGCCAUGUUGCUCUGGAGAUACCUGGUCAGACACUUUGGUUACCCUGACCAUAUGGUCUCAGACUGGGGCAGGCAAUUCAUACCCAAAGCAUGGAAAGAGUUUGCUGAGGGCAUAGGCACUAAGCACUCCCUCAGCACAGCUUAUCAUCCACAGAUGUAUGGACAAACCAAAGGGUCAACCAAGUGGUGGAGCAGUACCUGCAAAUGGGUGAAUGACCCUGGUUGCCUCAAGUACAUGGUUGAUGGAGAGGAGUGUUGCAAGUACCUCCAGGAACAGAUCAGGGAGGCACAACAUCAAACAGUGGAACACUACAACUGGAAGCACAAGGACAUCAAGUUCAAGGUUGGCAAUUUGGUUUACAUCAAUUGCCAGAACUGGAAGACAAGGCAACCUAUGCCAAAGCUGGAUACCAGGACAAGCUCACUACCUCAAUGGUCCACACAACCAGUCAUACUGCCACUACCAGAUGAAGAGCUUGAGUUUGAGGUUGAAGCACUUAUUGGGAAACAUAUACACAACCAGGCAACCAAAUACAAAGUGCUCUGGAGAGGGUACCCAGAAGAAGCAGCUUCUUGGGAACCCAUGACUAAUCUUAACUGCCCAGACCUCAUCCAGGAGUAUGAGGUGUUGGGGGAGACGAGGCUAGAUCAACACAAGAAAUCUGUAGUAGAUGAGCAGUAUGACAGACCAACCCACUCCUCAGAACAAACAAGUCCAGGACUGUUGCCACCUGCCACAGUCAGGAUAUUCCAUGCCCAGAUGAGCAGGAAUGUCAUGUUUGCAGUGACCCAACCCAGCGAGGUGUCAGGGGUCUCGUGCCUGAAACCUGAGAUCUGUAAUAGAAACGCAUCUAUUACAGAUCCUGUCGAGAUAUGUCAUAGAGUGCUCUCUAUUACUGUUCUUGUCAAGGUUUUGACUGACCACUGUGGACACUCUGUCCAGAGGUAG